AUGCCAUUUACUGCAAAGGUAAGGGGGCCGAGCAAUUGGUGCUGGGUGUAUACAUUGGUCAUCACCGGCACUAGCAGUUGUGGCAUCCAGAAGUUCAAGAAAGAGAUGAGUGAUCUGUUCAAGAUGAGUGAUCUGGGGCUGUUGCACUACUAUGUGGGCAUUGAAGUGAAGCAGCAAGCUAAAGGCAUCUUUCUCAGUCAAGGUGCAUAUGCAAAAAGAGUUCCGGAGAAAGCAGGAAUGGCAGAAUGCAAUCCAUGUCAAGUGCCCAUGGAGUCACUACUGAAACUCAGUAAAGAGAGUGCUGGUUCACCUGUUGAUGCAACCAUGUACCGGAGUAUGGCAGGGAGUCUCAAGUAUUUGGUAAAUACCCAGCCUAAUCUUGCUUUUUCAGUUGGGAAUUGCUGA